GGCGGGGCUUUUGUACUCUACGUCGCUAGCACGUUAGGGAAGUGUUUGUCUUUCAAGUAUAUUAUUAAGGUUUUACCAUUAUAAUAGAGAUUUCUUUCCGGCGAGGGAAAAUGCCAACUCUUAGCGGAAAAGCAGACGUUUUAUUCGAAGAUGAUGAUUUACCUUAUGAAGAGGAGAUCAUCAGGAAUCCAUAUUCAGUCAAGUGCUGGAUGCGCUACAUUGAGCAUAAGCAGAAUGCUCCGAAAUCUGUGCUCAAUAUGAUCUAUGAAAGAGCUUUGAAAGAGCUGCCCGGCAGUUAUAAGCUGUGGUACAACUACCUGAGAGAGAGGAGGAAACAGGUGAAAGGCAAGUGUGUCACAGAUUCAGCCUAUGAGGAGGUGAACAACUGUCACGAGAGAGCACUAGUGUUUAUGCACAAGAUGCCUAGGAUAUGGAUUGAUUACUGUCAGUUCAUGGUGUCUCAAUGCAAAAUUACGCGGAGCCGACGGACAUUUGAUAGGGCGUUAAGAGCACUGCCCGUUACUCAGCACCCUCGCAUCUGGCCCCUUUAUCUUCGGUUUGCUCGAAACUUACCUCUCCCUGAAACCGCCAUCCGUGUUUAUCGUCGGUACCUAAAGUUAUCUCCAGAGAAUGCUGAGGAAUACAUUGAAUAUCUGCGUUCUGUUGGGCGUCUGGAUGAAGCUGCACUCCGACUGGCAGCUGUGGUCAAUGAUGAAAACUUUGUUUCUAAAGAGGGGAAAUCUAAUUAUCAGCUCUGGCACGAGCUCUGCGACCUCAUCUCACAGAACCCAGACAAGGUGACGUCAUUGAACGUGGGAGCCAUUAUCAGAGGAGGUCUCACCCGCUUCACCGACCAACUUGGCAAACUCUGGUGUUCCUUGGCUGAUUACUACAUCCGCAGUGGCCACUUUGAAAAGGCUCGAGAUGUAUAUGAGGAAGCAAUCCUAACAGUAGUCACCGUACGAGACUUCACCCAGGUUUUCGACAGCUAUGCACAGUUUGAGGAGAGCAUGAUCGCGGCCAAGAUGGAGACCACGUCUGAACUGGGCCAGGAUGAAGAUGAUGACAUUGACCUGGAGUUACGAUUAGCACGCUUCGAGCUGCUGAUAACCCGGCGGCCCCUUCUGUUGAAUAGUGUGCUGCUGCGUCAGAACCCUCACAAUGUUCACGAGUGGCACAAGAGAGUCAAACUCUAUGAGGGCCAACCUCGGCAGAUAAUCAACACGUACACAGAGGCAGUGCAAACAGUUGACCCAGUGAAGUCCACCGGGAAGCCUCACUCUCUCUGGGUCUCCUUUGCCAAAUUUUACGAGGAAAAUGAGCAACUGGAUGAUGCUCGCACUAUCUUCGAGAAGGCCACCAAGGUGAACUACAAACAGGUGGAUGAUCUCGCAGCAGUAUGGUGCGAGUAUGGCGAGAUGGAGCUGAGACAUGAGAACUACGACCAGGCUUUGCGUAUACUGAGGAAAGCCACAGCGAUCCCUGCAAGAAAAGCGGAGUACUUUGAUGCGUCAGAACCAGUGCAGAAUCGAGUGUACAAGUCCCUUAAAGUCUGGUCCAUGCUUGCAGACUUGGAGGAAAGUCUUGGCACAUUCCAGUCCACUAAGGCAGUGUAUGAUCGUAUCAUUGAUCUCAGAAUCGCCACGCCUCAAAUUAUCAUCAAUUAUGCCAUGUUCCUCGAGGAACACAAAUACUUUGAGGAUAGCUUCAAGGCAUAUGAGCGUGGUAUUGCCCUCUUCAGGUGGCCUAAUGUUCAUGACAUCUGGAACACUUACCUCACUAAGUUUAUCGAUCGUUAUGGAGGCAAGAAGCUAGAGAGAGCGCGGGAUCUAUUUGAGCAAGCACUGGAUGGGUGUCCUGCUAAAUACGCCAAAACCAUCUACCUGCUUUACGCUAAGCUGGAAGAGGAAUACGGUCUGGCACGCCACGCCAUGGCUGUGUAUGAGAGAGCCACUGCGGCUGUAGAACCAGAGGAACGCUUUCAAAUGUUCAACAUCUACAUCAAAAGAGCAGCAGAGAUUUAUGGAGUCACACACACAAGAGCCAUCUAUCAGAAAGCCAUCGAGGUCCUGCCGGAUGAGCACGCUAGAGACAUGUGCUUGCGCUUUGCUGACAUGGAGAGCAAACUUGGAGAAAUUGAUCGAGCAAGAGCCAUCUAUUCCUACUGCUCUCAGAUCUGUGAUCCAAGGAUGACUGCUCAUUUCUGGCAAAUGUGGAAGGACUUUGAGAUUCGCCACGGAAACGAGGAUACCAUCCGUGAGAUGCUGAGGAUUAAACGGAGUGUGCAGGCCACAUACAACACACAGGUCAACUUCAUGUCCUCUCAGAUGUUAAAGGCCACCACCAACGCCACUGGAACAGUGUCAGAUCUUGCUCCGGGCCAGAGCGGGGUGGAUGACAUGAAGCUGUUGGAGCAGAAGGCGCAGCAGCUGGCCGCAGAGGCCGAGCAGGACAAACCCAAACCUAAAGACAAGAUCCUCUUUGUCAGGAGUGACACCUCUCGCAGUGAACUGGCCGAACUGGCCAAACAGGCCAAUCCUGAUGAGAUUGACAUUGACGAUGAUGAGGAUGAGGAUGCAGAAGAUGGAGAGCCAGAUGAGGUUCAGCUGGAGCAGAAGUCUGUCCCCACUGCUGUCUUCGGAGGACUAAAGGAUGAUUGAAUCUGUCACAAAACUCAGAAUUUUGCAGAUGUUCAUAACAAUGCCCCCAGAUUCAGUAUCCAAGAAACAGCGAAAAGAGAAUAACAACCACUUCACUGAUUGGAAUGAAAUGUACCAUGAAGGUUGUGUGUAUUUGAUGUUUGAAAGCAUUCAAUGUGAUCCCACAUUUCAGUAAUACCAGUUCAGACCACAGGGUGUCUGUCUCUACCACAUUCAUGUGCUGUCAUCUUUUCUGCGAGGACAUUAAGAAGCUUAAAGCUUCUGAACUGUAAUACAUUCUCUUGUCUACUGUAUAAUAGAAGAAUAAUGGCCUUGAGUGGCAUCUUUAAAUCUGCAUAUUUGUUUUCAUUAGUUUGUGACAUUGUAAUGUCUCUUAGGUCAGGACACUGCUAAUAAUUGCAAGGACAAAUGGGUGGAACUGAAAAAGCGAGUUGUAAUGAACACUGUUCAGAUGUUUGUUUGUCCACAGAUCUGAAAGCUGUGGUUUGUGGAGUGUACUAGUAAAAUGGAAAAAAACAAA